AUGCUAACCUGGAUACAUAGAAUCGUUGUAGGAAGCGUCAACUCGUCUUUUCGAGGCGUAUUUGGCAAGCUUCAGAAAUUGCAGGCCAAACAGCAAUUCGCGUGUGCCAUAAUUGCUGGAGAUCUCUUUGGAGAUUCUUCUGCUGAAGACUCUACAGAUGAGCUCAGCGCUUUGCUUCGGGGAGCCAUAGAGGUAGUCCUGCCUACCUAUUUUACCGUCGGGAGAUAUGGCAUCCCAAAAGAGGUGGCUGAGAAGCUCUCCAAGGACGAUGAAAUCUGCCCGAAUCUCUUCUACUUGGGGAGACGAGGAGUACUCACUACGUCUGAGGGGAUCAGGAUUGCUACUCUUGGUGGCAUCGAUGGGCCAGAGCCUUCAAACGCUGAUGUAGAGGAGAAAUAUCUUCCAUACCACACAGAGACAGAUGCACAAUCUUUAUGUUCAGCGGAAAAGGCCGAUAUUCUAGUUACGUCCCAAUGGCCAAAAUCAAUUGAACAAGGCUCAAAUGUCCCUACGGGAGAUAUCACGCUUGAAGGCAGCCAGUGCGUCGCGAAUGUCUGCUUAGCAUUGAAACCUCGCUAUCACUUUUCGUCUGCUGCCGGAACAUUUUACGAACGGGAGCCAUUCUUUCACGUCCCAGUAGAUGAAUAUACAGUUGAAAAGCAUAUCACUCGUUUCAUCAACCUGGCACCGUUCUCCACAACGUCAAAGCAGAAGUGGCUGUACGCGUUUACUCUAGAUCCUAAAAGCGUGCUCCCUACCUCAGUUCCAGCGGGAACCACAAUAACCCCCCUUACUGCAACGCCAGGCAAGCGGGGACCACUACCUAGUCAGAAAGCGUCAUAUACCCGCUUCAGGCAGGAUGAUGGCUGGCAGCGGCCGGCAAAACGUGCAAGAAGAGAUGUGCCUGGCCCAUCGGAAUGCUUUUUUUGUCUUUCGAACCCUAGCAUCGCAACACAUCUGAUUACUUCCAUCGGAUCUGAUUGCUAUCUUACAACCGCCAAGGGGCCAUUGCCAACCAGAGAUACUUUCUCCACUCUAGGCUUUCCCGGCCAUAUCCUUAUAAUACCCUUGAUCCACGCGGCCUCCCUGGCAGUGAUUGAUGACGCCGACUCUAGAUCAGCUACGUAUACUGAGGUUCAGAAGUACAGAUCUUCACUCCACUCUAUGCUGCAAGAGAAGGUUGGCGGGGCUCUGGGAGCGGUCACUUGGGAAGUGAGCCGGGGUCGCGGCGUCCACAUCCACUGGCAGUUUAUGCCAGUUCAGUCAGACCUGAUACACCGUGGUCUGGUCGAAGCUGCGUUCAAGGUCGAAGCCGAGAAUCUAGAGUACCCAAAGGUUGAGAAACGAGCUACAAACAAUGACGAACCAGGCGACUAUUUCCGUGUAUGGAUCUGGGCUCCAAAACAGUUGUCGGACGAGGAAACAGUCACAGACAGAGGUGUCGAGACGACUCUGGUUCUUCCACUGAGCGACAAGUUCCGGUUCGAUGUCCAAUUCGGCCGGACAGUGAUGGCAAAGCUGCUCGGGCUGGAAGACCGUGUGAACUGGCGGGACGCAUCGCAGUCUCAAGAAGAGGAGACGGCCGAUGUAGAUGCCUUCAAGAAGGCUUUCGAGAAGUUUGAUUUCUCUCUUACUGAUAACUGA